UAGACCCAGGACAAUAUUGAAGGCGGAUGCAUCGUAGCCAUGGCAGCCGGAGUACCGAUACAGCGGCUUCUUGUUGAACUUGCAGCCAUUCGAUUGGGCACCUGCGGACAGAUACGUGAUACAGAACAAACAAAUUAGAUAAACGAUAAACUGGAAAAAGCGGUGCUUAUCAACUAACAAAUUAUCAUCUACUACACUGCCAAUUAGCAUAAAGUUAAUCAGUUUUGCUACGGUCGAGCGAUAAAAUGGACACGGCAAUAAUAGCGGAAAAAUCAACCAUCCAGGAAACGGCUAUCCAAUGCGAGCUGCUCCUUCCACAUGGACAUCACCGGAAGACCUACGCAUUCGACAUUGCAGAUAUUCGCCUGAGACGUCGCUUAGUGCAACGCAUCUAUGGAUUGCUAGUCCUUCAGGUUGCCUGCACGAUGCCCUGGCUAAGGAUAAUGCUGGAAUACCCACCGCCCUAUCCCGCAGCGAUUGUUUUGUUUUUCUAUCUGAUGACCAUGUUCCUGUACACGUGCUUUUACGUGUGGCGCGAUUGGCGGCGACGGGCGCCCUACAACUAUCUCGUUCUGCUCCUCGGCACGGCGCUCAGCUCGCUGAACCGCAGCUUCUAUCUGAUAUACGUGGCCAAGGCGCAUUGGCUCUACGCCUACCCCAUCAUACUGAUGGCGGAGCUCUUGGCGCUGAUGCUGUACUCGGCACAGGAACGUUACCGAUUCACCCAGGCUCGAGGCAUUUUCAUAAUACUCCUCGUCUUUGGCAUGUUCACCCUGAUGGCCUAUAGGCUGGACCUCCUAUUUCAGAUAGUCUACAGCAUGGCCUGCACAAUCGAGGCCUGGUAUGUGCUCUACGACACCCACUUCAUGCUCUGCGGCCGCCAUGGCUACAAUAUUGGCGAUGCGGAGUAUGUCUAUGCCGCCGGCAGCAUUCACAUCGAUCUCCCCAAGUGCGUGUGGAGGCUGCUGAAGAUGCUGAUCCUAAACAAGUUCGUCGAGACUUUCCACUUGCUACGGGAAUGCUUCAAAGCUGAGGUCUGCUAAGCUGGCCCGGAAUAU